AUGACCGCCCCCCAGUCAGCCUCCACCCCCAAGUUCACCGUCUUCAUCCGCCUUCCCUUCCCAAGAGGCGACUUUGUCGAUCCUCCCCCAGUCGACUGGAAUGCCGCCAAGGAUCAAGCUCUCUGGGACGUCCUGUCGCGGCCUUCCAAAGGGGAUGAUAUCGACUGGAAAGCCCUCGCCGAUCGCUUCGAUGUGACCCUCCAGUUCCUCCUCCAGCAGGCUGCCUGGCUCUACGAUCGUCAACUCUCCCAGGUUCGCGCCCAGAUGCGCAAGGUUGGCACCACUCAGUCGCAUUCGCCUUCUCCCGUCCCGGGCUCCAUCUCCGGCAGUACUGCUUUGCCCCGACCCGUCUCCGGUUCCGCCCCCCGCGUCCCGUCCCGACUGGCCUCCCAGCAGAAGGAUACUCCCCCGCCCCGCGCCCCGGCCCCACGCCGCACCAGCUCCGGCAACACCGUCCCCCAGGUUCCCGCCUCCCGCGAACCCCUCCGGACCGAGACCCCGCCCACCAACCCUGAAGAGCCCAGAUGGGACACUCAAGGCCGUCCCUCCACCGGUCGACGCGAACCUCCCGUCCCCGCCCCCCACUCGCCCGCUGCCGACAGCCUGUCCUCUAGUUCCUCCGAGUCCGAGUCCGAGUCCGAGUCCGAGUCCGAGUCCGAGUCCGACUCCGAGAUGAUCGCCAGUCGGAGGGGCAUGGGAAUCAAACGCUUCGGGAAGGCCUCGACUCAUCGACCCGGACUGCGCGACGACGAUGCCGACGACGACGAGCCCCCGCUGUUCCUGCCGCUGUCCCGCGACACCGACGGCCCGGAUCCCGCUGACCGCGACCUCGGGGAAACCCUCCGGUUGAACGCCCGCCCCCAGACCCAACCCCCGCGGAGAUCCGUCGCUACUGAGUCAUCCGCCAGCUCCGCCAGCUCGAGCGUCCCUGCCGUCCUGCCCCAUCGCCGCCGCUUGCACCAAAGCAGCCCGCGGAGUCCCCGACCGACGGCGGAGCUGGCCCGACUGAGUCCGCGACGGUCUGUCGCCUCCGGCCGGGAGACCAGCGACGGGACCCCUAGCAUGGGGAGUAGCUUCAGCGAUUUGGAUGAUGCGAGUGUGACGCAAUCCGCCCUCGAAGAGGCCCUGCUGAGCAACAUGCAACAUGGCGGCAUGGCCAGCCGGAUGAGUACCAUCAGCCAAGCCUUGCGCAGCCGCUACCUCUGA